GCUCGCCUCUCGCGCGUCGCCGCCACUGUCCACGGAUGACGUCAGGCCGCUUGCACAGACACGGCAGGAACGCUACGCGAAUGUCGGAGUGGCAGUGGAUGAAUCGCGCGAUGAAUGGGUAGCGGGCGAAAGUCGAGGAGGGUGUUGGCCAAAUGGUGGUCACUGAGCCAGCCCUCCACCACAACCUGACACAAGCCGACCAGACGCAGCAACAGUAAACGAGACCUCUCCCCUCCCCAUUGCUCACCUUGCGAUGGAUGCGCCACAGCAGGCUUUUGAGUGCUGCCGCUCGUGAAGAUUUGGUCGACGUCGAACUGCAGGUAGUCAGGAGCGAUCAGCGCAUCCAGGAGCUUGUCCUUGGUCAGCGACUUGACGAUGUCCACCUCCUGCUGCAGCACCACCUUACCGAUGGACCGGCUGAUCUUCUCGAUGCACACUUGACGCUCCUGGCCCUCUUGAAACUCGCCAUCCAUGACCUGCGCAGACGACGCACCUCCCGCACAUGUCGCGUUUCUGUCAUCUCUGUCGUGUGUGGUGUGCCGUAUGAGAUCUGACCCUCCUUGACGACCAGCUGCGCAUCGCCCUCCCCAUCGCCAGCGAACCGCACACUCACUGACGGCUCCAUAACACUGCUGGGCCCGGCAGAGGGGACGAUGGCAGACACCGAAAUGCAAUGAAGGCACCACUCGACACCCACCAGACCGCUGCAGACUCGUCGCAGAUCCGCAGAACAGAACACUUUGUUAUCUCGUUGUGCAAGGCAAGAGGAGUCUAGAGAGGAGGCUCAGAUCAGCACACUGGGGUUCAUUGUUCUGCGCCCUUUCUG